AUGCGGAAUCUGCGCAACAUCGGGCACGGCGCAUACAGGCCGGGUCAAGAACAGCCCCUGCCCUCCAACUCCAUCUCGGCUUCCUGCUGGGACGUAUCCCGCGAUGAGAUCAUCCUUGCUCAUGGCCCUACCCAAGACUUUUCCCGAGUCGAGCUGGUGAGGCUCGUAAAGGACUCUUCUGAACCUUCGAACCUUGAUACCAAACUUGUAGCAUCAUGGGAUGCCGCGCCUGUCCUCAGACAGAAUGGCUCGGAACCAGAGCCAGACACCAUCAAGAGCCUGCACUACUUCCCCGACACCCUCACAACAUGCGUCAUCAUGGCCGGCGGUGACAUUAUCACCGUUGUCGAGGACGACUACGGCGUCCCUGGCGAGGCUCACGUUGAGAUAGUCGGCACCCUAGAGCCCUCCGUCGCCGGUGCUCGCUGGUCCCCCGACGAAGAACUCCUCAUCGUAGCCACCGGCGACGCCAAAGUCCUCUUCAUGAGCCGCACCUUCGACGUCAUCACCUCCGCCACCAUGACCGAAGACGACCUCAAGCUCUCCAAGCACGUCUCCGUCGGAUGGGGUAAGAAGGAGACGCAGUUCCAGGGCAGGGGCGCCAAGGCCAAGGCUCUUAGGGAUCCUACCAUCCCGGAGAAGGUGGACGAGGGCAGACUUAGCGCCAACGACAAUCUCCAAAAAUGCAGUAUCAGCUGGCGGGGUGACGGCGCCUAUGUGGCUGUCAACUUCUUCUCUCAAGAGACCGGCGGCCGCAGAGUAAUCCGCGUGUACAACCGUGACGGCGAGCUGGACAGCGUCAGCGAGCCGGUCGAUGGUCUGGAGGGCAGUCUCAGCUGGCGGCCCGAGGGUAACCUCAUGGCUGGCAUCCAACGGUUCUCCGAUCAUGUCGAUGUCGUCUUCUUUGAGAGAAACGGUCUCAGACAUGGGCAGUUUACCCUCCAGAUUCCUCAGGACCGGCCCGAGGUUGCUGAGGACUUGGCGCUCGAGUGGAAUUCGGACUCGACUGUUCUCGCUGUCAUCAUGAGAGAUAGGGUUCAGCUGUAUACCAUGGGCAACUAUCACUGGUAUUUGAAGCAGGAGCUUCCUUGUGCGGAGUACGCCCAGCUCGCGUCGCAAUUCCAGGGUGAAAGCCGCUGGACACUCCCUUGGUUCUCGUGGCACGCGGAGAAGCCGCUUCUUUUUGCUGUAGGCGCUGCGGAAAGAGCGGUAUGGUUCGAAUUUGUCUUGGCCAUUGCCCGUGGCCCCAUGUACGGCGGUAUGGGAGAUGUUGCAGUCAUUGACGGACGCACCAUCAAGUUCACUCCUUUCCAAACGGCCAAUGUUCCUCCCCCCAUGGCUCUUUACGACAUUGAGGUGGACUACCCUGUAACGGACAUUGCCUUCUCCAAAGAUGCUUCUCAGAUGGCUGUCUUGCACCAAAAGGGCAUGCACCUCUUUGCCCUUGAGAAGCAGGGCCCUACUGGUCGCCGUGCCGCUCCGAAGCUGAUCAAGACUAUCUCGCUUGACAACUUCGAGAACAAGUGUCAGCUACAGAUCGCCUUCGCGGCUCCUUCCCAGGUUCAAGUACUCUCGUUGGAUGAUUUCCAGCUACAGAUCACCGCCUGGGACUUUAACGAAGAGCUGAUGCUUGGUGAAGUUGGCACUGGUUUGCAGGCUGUCACUCUUACUUCUGCUGAUGAAACAUCGGUCGAGGAUGGCACAGUCGUUCAGGAUCGCCAGGGCAACAUCACCCGCGUUUCUGUGGAAAAGGGCGAGACUGUGCUGGGCAAGUUUCCUACUCUCCUCCCAUGGGCCACCUACACAACCUACGAAGACCAGUUCAUCGCUUUUGGUCUGUCUAGGAAUGGUCAUCUUUACGCCAACUCUCGUCAGCUGGUCAAGAAUUGCACAUCCUUUGUCGUCACGGACAAGCAUCUUAUCUACACUACCAGCAAUCACUUUGUCAAGUUUAUCCACCUGACGGCCAAUGUUGAAGAACUCGACGUGCCGCUGGAUGACCCCGAGACCGAUGAGCGUUGCAGAAGCAUUGAGCGCGGAGGUCGCCUCGUCACGGCUAUGCCUUCCGGGAUGAGCAUCGUACUUCAGAUGCCUCGCGGUAAUCUCGAGACCAUCUAUCCACGUGCCAUGGUCCUGGCUGGUAUCAGACAACUAGUCGAGCAGAAGGAGUACGGUGCUGCCUUUACCACAUGCCGCACCCAGCGUGUGGACAUGAACCUGCUUUACGAUCAUCGCCCUGAGCAGUUCCUCGAGAACGUUGGUCUCUUCCUCGACCAAGUCAAGAACGCAGCCGACAUUGACCUCUUCCUGUCCACCCUCAAGGAGGAAGAUGUCACGCAAACCAUGUACCGCAACACCAAGGCUGGCGUCGCCACAGCCUCUACUCAGCCAGCCCUGACCACUGCUCCCAAGACCAGCAAGAUCAACACCAUCUGUGACGCCGUCUUGCACAACUUGAAGGCUAAGAAGAACGCCAAUCUGCAAAAUAUCAUCACCGCUCACGUCUGCAAGAACCCUCCCGCCCUUUCGGACGGUCUGCAGGUGGUCGCCUCCCUCAUGGAAGAAGACGAAACCCUAGCCGAGCGCGCAGUCGAGCAUAACUGCUUCCUGGUCGACGUCAACAAGCUCUACGACCACGCCCUCUCGCUCUACAACCUCGAGUUGACUCUCCUUGUCGCCCAACAAUCCCAGCGUGACCCGCGUGAAUACCUCCCCUUCAUCCAGUCGCUGCACAAGAUGGACCCUCUCCGCCGGCAAUUCACCAUCGACGACCACCUCUCUUUCCACGAGAAGGCGCUCGUCCACCUCCGGGCCAUCGCCAACACUUACUCCGACGAAGUCGAGUCCUACAUUGUCAAACACCAACUCUACCCCUCCGCCCUCGCCCUCUACCGCAACGAACCCACCCCUCUCCGCACCAUCACCGCCCUCUACGCCGCCCACCUCCGUUCCCUCUCCAAGUUCCGCGACGCCGGCUUGGCCUACGAGUCUCUAAGCGACUACCCAGCCGCGACCGAAUGCUACCUCAAAGCCGGCACCUCCUCCUGGCGCGAAUGUCUCUUCACCUCCUCCCUUGACCCUUCUCUGACCCCCGACCAACGUCACGAAAUCGCCUCCACCCUCGCCGACGCCCUCCGCGAAGCCAAGGACUGGGCCGCCGUCGCCACCAUCCAAGCUGAGCACCUGGCCUCUCUGCCCUCCGCCAUUUCUGCCCUCUGCAAGGGCUACCUCUUCGCCGACGCCUUCCGGCUCAUCUCCCUGCACGCCCGCCCCGAACUCCUCGAAUCCCACCUCGACCCGGGCCUCCUCGACGCCUUUUCUUCCUCUACCGAGUUCCUCGCCGAUUGCAAAUCGCAACUGAAAGCCCAAGUCCCCCGCAUCGCCGAACUCCGCCUCAAAGCCGCCGAGGACCCGCUAGCUUUCUACGAAGGCGAAAACCCCUUUGGCGCGCGCACUGGUACCGGUGGAGACAUCCCCGACGACAUCUCGGUAGCUGCUUCGUCAAGGGUGUCCACGUCCGCUUCGCUGUUUACGCGCUACACCGGUAAAGGGUCGCAAGUCACGGGCACGGUGGCGAGUAAUGUGUCGCGGGCGACGAGCAAGAACCGCAAGAGGGAGGAGAAGAAGCGGGCGAGAGGACGCAAGGGAACGGUGUACGAGGAGGAGUAUCUGGUGAAUAGUGUGCGGAGGUUGGUGGAGAGAGUGGAGGGGAGUGCGAGACAAGAGGUGGAGAGGUUGGUGUGUGCUCUGGUGAGGAGGGGCAUGAGUGAGCGGGCGAGAGCGGUGGAGGGGUUAAUGGCGGAGGUUGUGGAGGGGUGUCUAAGGGCUGUGGAUGAGGUUUGGCCUCAGCAGCAGCAGCAACAGCAGCAGGAUGGACAGCAGCAGCAGGAAGGAGGACAGCAGGAUGCUGGAUGGGAGGGUGCUGAUUGGAGACCGACGGGUGGUGAUGCGGUGUUGGCGGAUAGUAUUGAGGCUAUGAGACGCGGGGUGGGCAAGCCGGUGGUGAAGAAGUUUGAGCGGUUGAGUCUGUUGGGUGGUCGUUAG